CACUCACAUAUACCAGUCCUUGCACUCAAAUAUACUAGUCCUUGCAUUCACAUUACCGCUCCUGGCACUCACAUAUACCAGUCCUUGCACUCAAAUAUACUAGUCCUUGCAUUCACAUUACCGCUCCUUGCACUCACAUAUACCAGUCCUUGCACUCAAAUAUCUCAGACCUUGCACUCAAAUAUACCAGUCCUUGCACUAAAAUAUACCAAUCCUUGCACUCACAUAUACCAGUCCUUGCACUCAAAUAUACUAGUCCUUGCACUCAAAUAUACCAAUCCUUGCACUCACAUAUACCAGUCCUUGCACUCAAAUAUACCAGUCCUUGCACUCAAAUAUACCAGUCCUUGCACUCAAAUAUACCAAUCCUUGCACUCACAUAUACCAGUCCUUGCACUCAAAUAUACCAGUCCUUGCACUCACAUAUACCAGUCCUUGCACUCAAAUAUAUCAGACCUUGCACUCAAAUAUACCAGUCCUUGCACUCACAUAUAUCAAUCCUUGCACUCACAUAUACCAGUCCUUGCACUCAAAUAUACUAGUCCUUGCAUUCACAUUACCGCUCCUUGCACUCACAUAUACCAGUCCUUGCACUCCCAUUUACCAGUCCUUGCACUCACAUAUACCAGUCCUUGCACUCAAAUAUAUCAGACCUUGCACUCAAAUAUACCAGUCCUUGCACUCACAUAUACCAGUCCUUGCACUCACAUAUUCAAGUUUUUAUACGCCCACAUUAUAAUGUGGUCGUAUAUUGUCUUUGCCCCUGUCCACCCAUCAGUCCGUCUGUCCACAAUUGGCGUGUGA